GAAAAGUAGACCCUAGUCUUCCUCGUCAAUCUUUCUGAAUGGCUGCCAUUGCAGAUGGGAAAAAAUGCGAGGGAAAUUCAAACAACCACAAGAUACGAGAACACUUGUAGCAGAAUUGGCAAAAGAAAGCAAGAGCACAGGUUCGAUAUUUUGGUAUGAGUCCAUGCUGUGCAUCGAUUCAUCAGGGAUAAGACAAAGAUGUAAAUGGACCACGCAUCGACCUGCUAUCUAUGUGCUAGCAAAAAGGAUUCCAUUUCCACGGUGAAGGAUUCGUUUCUAAAGCACAGGCGUUAGUUUGGAUUCCCAAUAAAAGCGAGACUUCCGACGUGUAAAUUUAUGCGUGGAGGUUGCAGGGUGAUUAGCAUAACCUUCCACCACCUGUCUCUAGUGCCAUUUACGGACUCAAAGAUCAAAGUUAAUCACGAGAAAAACACUCGCCAUUUAUCUGCAAAGAAAGAAAUAGUCGCCAAAGACCUUUAAGGUCUAUCCAUCAAUCGCCUGUUUACUAUCGUAAAGAAGAUGUGAAUCCCUAUGGACUAGCAUGGCAUCACAGUGAGGGGAAAAUCGACGACAGACGAUGGUUGAGCCGCCACUACACUCGAAGCGAAGAAUUAAAGAUUCCUGAAGAGCCGUCUCAUACGAUACCAUUCUAAUGAACACACCGACUCAGGGCAAUCGGCGUAGCGACGAUAGGGCCGAGGAUGCCGCCAUUGUGAUCGGCGACGGAGAUAAGCUCAUCAAUGUUGUGCUGCUAAAUGGAGAGCGUCUUAACGUCCGUGUCCUGUCGACUGCUACAGGGCAAGAUCUCUACAACACAAUCUCCGAUCAUCUCGGUCUCUCAGAAACCAUUUUCUUUGGUCUUAUGAUCAUAAAAGAUGGUGAACAUGAGUUUUUAGAUCUCAACGAAAAACUUUCUAAACUCGCCAAGUAUGCUCCGCACUUAUGGAAAGAUGACGUGUCCUGUAACUCUUCCUUAGUCUUUACAAUUUUCUUCCGUGUCAAGUACUACGUUGAAAACAUCUGUCUCCUGCAGCAACAGAGCACACGUCACUUGUAUUAUCUUCAGUUACGGAAAGAUGUUCUCGAGGGAGGAAUCUUCGUGCACGAGGAGACGGCGAUGCUACUCGCCUCGUACGCCUUGCAGGCGGAGGUGGGAGAUUACAACCAGUCCGUCCACGGAAAUGAUUACUUCGUCCCAGAACACUAUCUUCCACAACGGGCCAUCGCCAAACUGACAGCUUCGUACAUUCGCAACACACUUCCUCAGCUCCACAAGGCCCACACGGGGAUCAGUGACGCGCAAGCUGAGAUUGAGUAUCUCAAGGAGGCGCAAAAGUUACAAGAAUAUGGAAUCAUCUUCAACAAAGUAUCUAAGUUCAAGAAAGACAAACGCGGGAGCUACAGUCUGGGGAUCAGUGUUCGCGGGCUCAUAGUUUACGAGGAAAGAGGGAUUGUCAAGAGUCCCGUGUUUCGUCAUCCAUGGCAGAAUAUCAAGCGAAUGGCAUUUCACAGACGGCGGUUCUUCAUCGAAGCACAUGGGCCACCGGAAACGUCCAAAAUCGUCCUUUACACCAUAAGUUACAAAAAGUCUCGUUACCUUCUCAAGAUGUGCACGUCAUUCUACAAAUUCCAGAUGAUGAUGGGCAUAAAGCUUUCGAGUCUGAGGGAGUUCCCCAAGGAUGGAUCCGUCAAGAUGAAUGGAGUUGUCCGGACGGACAUGUCCGAUUCCCCCGGCCGGGGUUCUCCGGUAUCGGACGUUGGCAAGGCGCCUAGCGUGGACCACUCGGUCAUCCAGCCGUCUGGUGUUGGUCCCGCGAUUCACUUGAACGGGUCAGCGACGCCUGUCCAGGAAAACCAACCGGUUCAGGUCAGCAUUUAUCCUGUGCAAUUACAGAAGAUCAACGGCAGCUUGGGACUAAAUAUCAUUGGUGGCAUAGAACUUGGCGGAAUAUACGUCAAGACGAUGGCACAUGAUGGAUCGGCAGCCCUGAGUGGAAAAAUAAAUAUUGGUGAUAGGAUACUCGAAAUAAAUGGCCAGAGUUUAGAAGGCAUUUCAAGACAAGAUGCCGUCAAUCUCCUUCGUACGGCACCGCAAGUGUGUGUCCUACUAAUCGAAAGCUGCGUAGCCACCCCAGCAACGCCGAACGGGAAACCAGCCGUACCUGGGAACUACUCCACAACGGCCUUUCAUCAACCGAACAGGAGCCAGCCUCAAGCAAGCUUUCCUCCGGAGCACCAGUACCCAGACCCCAACAGCUCGCCUCAGCACCAGUACUACCCGCCAGUUUAUAAUGAGCAGACGCAAAUGGGGUCUGUGGACCAGUAUAGCGAAGACUCGUCCGUAGGUCAAUACUGGGGAGAGCAUCAGUACCAACCUCAGGAGGCGUUCCUUAGUAACACGCCUCUGUCAGACGAGGGCUGGAGGUCCGCGGAGGAGAGCCGCUAUCGCAACCUACCGUCGGGAAGUGGACGUGAGUCUGAUAUGAUUUUGGAGUCUGGGUAUCAGAGUCAGGUCCAGAUCCCCUCGGUAGUGCACGAUACCUCCGUGGCUCCUGAUAGAGCGGAGCAUGAUCAUAAAGGCAGGCGAGGAGACCUGUUAGAGAUGAAGCUGUACCGUUACGAGGAACAUAGGAAGAGCGAGUCGUACUCGGUAGAUUCUAGCUUCUUUAGCAGCAUGGUAGAGGAACAGGAAGCUUAUGAGGAUGGCAGGUACCAUGAGGAGUUCAUCCCGCAAGGCAGGCGAUCCCGAGGGUCGUUUAGGGGAGUUAGCCCUAGCACACGCUCUGAUCACGAGGAUGAUCUAAGGGAGUUAUACAAUAGAGAUGAACCGGGUCUAGUUACUAGAUUUUUUAAUUACCUAGGUUUUGAGGGGGAGCAACCACAAUCCCCUCCCCAACCGCAACCAUAUUACCCUGGCGAUGAUAAUCAAGUAACUAAUAACAACUUUGAGUACAUUUAUGACCAAGUCAAUCAAUUAACCGAGAAUAUCAAUACCUCGGAGAAGCGAUCUGUCGAGAUGAAAGUGUUUAAGCGCACGGAGAGCGAGGAUGAUCGAGGUUAUCCCAUUGGACCGCGUAUCACUCCAAGUGACGAAGCCGACGACCAGUUACGUUACGACUACAGUCGAACGCUCCAGACCGGGCCAAUGCCUUAUGACAGUCAUCACAAACAUCGUGCAAAUCGAAAUCAAAGCCCGGGUAGAGGUCUUAGCAUGGAUACCCAGGGCGACUCAUUUGAGGAGGAUGAUAUCGGGAUGUUUGGAGAACGAAUCGAACGUUCCAAAGGAAAAGGAUUUUCGUGGUUCGAUCGAGACUCGUACCGAAGCUCGAGUUCAUCUCCCGAGAAAGAGACUAAGAGUCGAUUAACUGGUUUUUUCUCCUCGGGAGAAUCUAGAAGACAAGAGAGUGUUGGGGAUAAUUUACCUAGUACCGACAACGCCGGAUCCGCGCAAAGUACAAGGGCUCCGAGGGCUGCUUCGGAGCCACCUGAGCGAUUACCAAAUGCUAGGUCACCCGGAGUAUUCGCCAAAACCAAGUCAUCGUGGUGGUCGUCUUCGGUUGAUGACAAAGCCACAAUGUUCGGGGGAUUUUUCUCAUCAUCCCAGUCUUCAGCGUCCAAGCAAUCUAGUCAGAUCCCACAGCAAAGCAGAAAGGAAGAAGCUGUCACUAUACAGCAUCCACCGUACGACAGAGAGCAAGAAACCAGACCAACAUUCGAUGAAACAUCAAGGAGGUCCGAUAAUGUCUCACGAGAACCAUUAAGCAACAUACAAUCGAAUGAUUCUGGUGAUAAAAUUUUGAGAGUUGAUGAGUUGCAUGCUCCAGCGCUAAGUAGCGGAGUAAGAAAUCGAUCCCCUUAUGCUAGCACUACGACUAUCGGAAGCACGGCUGUUGAACGCGAACUUGCUGCGUUGUCCCAGACAGACGUUAGCAUCAUUGGGAGAUCAAACAGUAGAGGAAUUCGAAGCAUGACGGCGUCACCCACGUUCGAGAAGGCUCUCACCUAUUCGCCAAGUUCUACUAUAGUAAACGUUGAACCAAAAAUUGAGCCCCAACGAGAUGAAAAAUCUCAUGAAGUUAAAAGGCAAGCAGCUAAAAAAACACAAGAAGAUCAGGGCAAAAUGUUUAGUGGUUUCUUCACACCAUCUCAAUCGUCAAAGAGAACUAGUCCUGGUAUGACAAAAGCAGCUUCUGAACCUGAGCCUAAGAGCUCGACGAAACAACAGACGAUGAGAAAAGAGAAUUCGUCAACACAACCAGAUACAGUGGAAAGAGAUACUGCCAAAAAGCAAGAAAAAGUACCAGCAAACGCAGCAAAUCAAUCUUCUGUCGAUGAAACAGGCACGAGCUCUUUCCCUAAGCUAUCUUCCUCGUUUUCAUGGUUUUCUUCGAAAGCGGCCGAACAGACAGCCCCCUUAGUGACAAACAAGGAGCAAGGGAUUUUUGGUGGUCUCUUCUCGUCGUCGCAAACACCUCAAGGGACAUCAGCACAGCCAAAACCUUCGCAGCAACCCAAUUCAACAUCGGAACCGAGGCCUCAGCAGCCGUCACAACCAAAAUCAUCAGCUCAGGCAAGUUACAAAGAACCACCUAAGCCAACAUUAGCUGGUGAGAAAAUGUCCCCUCAACCGCAACUAACCAUGACAGCACCAAAAUCAAAGCAGCAGAGCCAAUCAAUAGCAACAGAACAAUUAAAUUCUCAACGAACCUCACAACCAACUCUUUCCCAACCACGGUCGCAGCACCCACCCAAGGCAAUGGCUCCAGAGCAGACAUUGUUUUCUCAACCAUCCACGCCCUUAGACCACAAGGAAGAGGUCCCCAGGACUACUGAAUCAUCUAGAGGGUCUGGCAGAACGUCUUUUCCACGUAACCAACAGAAUGUGGCCUCACCAUUCGUACAAAGCGAGUCGGUAGAUGAAAAUGUAUCAAGAAAGAAAUCUGUCCCUAAGCCUACUGUCGCGGAAGAGCCUUCUAAACCAGAUGAGGGGAUGUUCUCUAAGAUGAUGUUCUCGUUUAAAGGCGUUUUCACGAGACCAGAAGCAGAGCCCGCACGACAAGAAAUCAAGAAAGAAGAUCCAAGGAAACCUGAGGCGAAACCGACCGAGAAAGCGGAGAGAACACAAACAAGGCGGACAAUAAACGGGAGAAAUGAUCGUGAGAGCUCAUUGCGAGGGCAAACAAAGAACCGACAGCCACAACAAACCAUUGCAGAACCACAAGAAACUAAGCUCAGUCAGUAUAUGAUAAGAAGGAACAAGCUUGCUGAAAAAUAUGGAAGGCGGUGGUUAAGAAAAACGCGAGACUCAAGAAACGGUAUAAAGAAAUCCAACGUUCCUUUCUUCCAAGACGUAGCAGAGGCAGCAUUUGAACAAAGGCUCCGCGCUUCAAACAGCUCCAUCAACGAUGAUGAGCGCUCUAUCGGAAGUGCUAACCCUUUAGUUACUUUUGAUGACGAAGUGCGUAGACUGCGAAUGAAAAUGAAAAAUAUUUCAGAUGAGAUCGGUGAUGUACCAUUCGAUCACGCAUCUAAUGUAAGGAUCAACGGGCAAUCUGUAGAGGAUGAUUCAGAGCGAUUUGUUCGAAGUUUGGAAAGGAAGAGAAAUAAAAUCGACAACACCUGGGAUGAUAUCAUGAAAGACAUUGAUCAGCAUCCGGAAAGACGGAAGGAAUCGAUAUCAAAUGUCAGAUAUGAUUCCAAAACAAGGGAGACACCAAGAAAUUUCACCUCUCGAGAAAACAUGAACUGUUUCGGAGAAAAUGUCUUUGAAAAUGGAGUUGAUCAUGUAGAGGCUGUAAGUCUAAUGGAAGAGCCUGACUCGCCAGAGGCUCUACAAGCAAUGGCGUCGCUUAAAGAAAGUGUGACUCAAGUCGUUAUGGACGUCUCGCAAAUUAAUACGGAAACUGGAAAUCUGCAAUCAGGAAAACCUGAAGAUAAGAGGCCCUCAAGAUCGCCUUACAAAGAUAAUGAGAGGCAGGUGCAACAGGAACCAGCUCAAGUGACUCAGAAUGAUAGUCCAAGGACAGCGCAAAGAAGGCUAAUCAACAAGAACAUUCGCGAGAGCAAAAGAGAGCCAUCGGAUCCGUUAUUUGGUAGGCUAUUCAGUGAGCCGGAUAGCGAGGAAGAGGACGAUGGUUUGUUAUCCAAGUUGGUGUUCGGGGUUAAGGAAGUUUUUGCUUUAGAUUCUGAGGACGAUGCUUCAACAAAAAGUCAAAACAGUCCACAGCAUGCCGCUCGGCAGGCAAGGAUAAAGGCCGAGGAAGAAGCGUUGUCAGAUAUGAUAUCACAGUUUAGAGACAAGUAUAGAAAAGGCAGUAGUGGAAGCGAGUCUUUCAAGCCGAGUCUUUCACCUGCAAGCACAAGUUUGUCUCAAGUGGAUGGAAGUCAACUGAGCAUCACCGACGCCGACAUCACUAGAAGCGAUGAGCCUCCACCAAUAAAACGAAACGAGACGUAUCCUAAAGCAUUCUCUACUGAAUACUCACAAAUGAAACCCUUUUCGAAUUCGCUGAAUCCCAUUCCAGGAAAACCCACAUCUCCGCAGCUUGUGAAAGAGCAAAAUUCGACAAGACAAGAGUCGAGUAAUAAGGCAACGGUGACCACUUCAACAAAAACUGAUUCAUUACUCAGCUCAUCGUUUGAGUUUGGUGCUUCUAAAAUCGAACCAAAACCUCCCCCGUCAGAAAGUGCCAAGCCAAAACUCAUCAAUCACAAUAUCAAACCUGAAAAAGAUCAUGUGGACCCGAUCUUUGGGAAGCUACUGAGUCAGCCCACUAGUGACGAUGAGGACGAUAGACUAUUGAACAAGCUGGUAUUUGGUAUUAAAGAGGUGUUUACCUUGGAAGAUGAUCCCGCCUUUCAAAAGGAGAAGACUCCGCCGCCCAUGAGUCCUUCUAUGAAAGCAAAGGCGGAAGAACAGGAGCAGGCGUUUGCUGAUAGUGUUUCCCAGUUCAAGGCGAGGUAUGCUAAACCGAAAGAACCUCCACUCACUCCAGAUUUAGAGACCACUGAUAAUAAAAAAGACACCCCCUCCGUCACAGGUGUCCCAGAACAAGUAAAGUUGCAGCCACAAGUAGAAAAUACAGAAGUGCGACGUCAUAGAGAACCUGCCCCCUCAGCGCAAUUCUCAAAAGAUGACAUGGAACAAAAAAAGAGUAAGGAUAUAAAUACUUUGGUCCAUCCCGAGAUGAAGCAGGAAAAGAUGUCUGUGAGCUCAGCUAGAGUAACAAAAUCCAUCACACAGACAAAUAAUUCUGUCAAGGAAACAGUUCCUAAAACAAUCGUAGAAAAUGAGAAACAACAAGAAGGGUUUUUCACAAAAUUCUUUAUACGUAGUGAAUAUCACACAGAAUCAGAGAAAAAUGUCCCAGGUCAAACUAAAGCCAAGGAUAUUAGCCCCAACGCUAAAGACGGUACCAAAACGACAGGCAAAGAACAUUACAAGACUGUACCUUCCCAGGUUUCUAAUGAAGUAAAGAGGUCAGACGAGAAACCUACACUAUCAGCACCACGUGCAUAUUCCUCUUUCAAGCCUGGUUCUAUGGAAGCAGUUCCUAAAAGGACUGAAGAAAGUGUAAAGCACGAAGAAGGCUUUUUCUCAAAAUUGUUCACUCGUGAUGACCACACAGUGCCAGAAAGGAAAGUGUUCGAAGGAAUGACAGCAGCAACUACAAAAUACAAGGUCGAUUCCUCAUCCGACAAUGUGAAAGGGAAGGAACUGAAAAAAGAAGAACAGAAUACAGAGAAAUAUAGUUGGAAGCAGGUGACUCCGCUAGCAGCUUCAGACACUAUGAAAGGCAAAGAACCAAAGAAAGAAAGGCAAGAAGCCGAGAAAGAUAUCGGGGAGCUGGUUGAGCAUCAACAAACCUCUUUACCAAAUGUUACGAAAAAUAGGCCCGAAGCAAGUCCACCUAAAACUGACCCCAAAAAGCCCGAGGAGGGACGGUUCUCGCGGUUCCUCUCAAGUAUUCUUGCAGAGCCUCCGAAAGAUCUGGUAGAUGAUAAAAAACCUAGUGAUGAGCAGAAACCAAAAGCAGAGCCAAGCAAACAAAGGCAGGGAAAUGUCACCGCGAAUGUAGCCAAGAUAACUAAAGCUCAAGAUCAACCAAAGGGUGAAACACGUUCUGCUCAGAAACCGAUAGAUUCUUCAGGCAUUACUCUAACUCAGAGAAAACAGACCGACGAGAAAAAAGUGAUUUCCCUAUCCAUAUCUGACGAGAUGAAAGGUAAGGAACCAAAGAGAGAGAAGCAAAAACCUGAGAAAGAUGGGGCAAAACAGGCGCCUUUACCAAAUAUUACGAAAAAUAGCCCCGAAGCAAUUCCACCUCAAAAUGAGCCCAAAAAGCCCGAGGAGGGGCGGUUCUCGCGGUUUCUCUCAAGUAUGCUUGCAGAACCUCCUAAAGAUGUGAUAGAUGAUAAGAAACCUAGUGAUGUACAGAAACCAGAAGCAUCGCCAAGCACACAAAGGCAGGGAAAUGUCGCCGGAAAUGAAGCCAAAGUUGAAGAUCAACCAAAGGGUAAAACACGUUCUGCUCAGAAGCCAAUUGAUGCUACCGCCGCUACUAAAAGUCAAAGAAAUCAAACAGAAGAGAAUAAAGCGACUUCAACACUACCCAAAGAACAAAAGGAACAGGUUAGGAAUUGGGAAACAGAAAUAACAAAACGCCAGCAAGUCACUGUUCCCGCUAAUGACAAAAAGAUGCCAAGUGACCAGCAUCUUGCCCAUAAACAGGAGAAAAAAGAGGAUGUUCAGAGUGAACCUCUAAGCAUAAAAGAUCCAAAUAAAGCAAAGGUGAGCAAUUCACCAUCCAUUCCACUUGAGGCUCUCGCAGAGCACGAGAUGGAGCCAAUGCAAGAGGAAGACGAUACACUGUCCAAGCUGAUCUUUAAGUUCCGGGCGUUUUCAGGACAACCACAACCACCAAAAAGCGAGCACCUAAAUGCUAAGAAACACUCGAAUGUUCAAAGUACGCAAGAGAAAGAGAAGGCGGGCAAGCAGCCAGCAAUUGCUGGUCAGCAAUCACGCGAAGUAUCGGCAUCAGGAAAAGAAGAUAUACCAGAAACGGGAACUGCUACUGGCGUGCCAAAAGAGAGAUCUGCUCCGACUAAAGAAACAGUAAAGCCAAAAGAGGAGGAAAAAGCAGAGGAAAAAGGUAUUUUUAGCAAGCUGGUGUUUAGGAUGGGUGGCGCAAGAGCCAAGGAAUUGGAGCUCGAACGGCAGAGGCAUGCACGUGCCAAAGAAAACUGGAAGAAAGCGGUUCGUGUUGCUACUAAGGCGAGACGGAAGCAAGAAGUCGAGAAGACGCGCGAGAUCAUCAAACAGCUUGAGAAAAAGAAGUCACAAGAGGAAGGCAGACUCUCAAAGCUAAUGUUCAGGAUUAUGGGAUCAGAUUCAAAGCAUACUAAAUCAACAAAAGACGAAAAAAGCAAAACGGUACCAGAAAAGCAGGUGCAAGCACAGACGAAACGAAUGGAGACUGAAGUAAAACCAACGAAGAGUGAACUUGAGAAUAACAAUGAAAAGCAUAUGAAUGAUCUACACGAUGAAAGUGCGUUUUCCAAGUUGGUUUUCAAAUUAAGAGCGGGAUCACACAGCGAAUCAAAGCCACCAACUACUGCAGAGUCAACCAUGACAAAGAAACACGACCAACGCCCUCAAACAAAUGUAGAAAAUGAACCGCCUGUAGAAGAGAAGGAAAAACCUGAGCUGAAGAGCGAAGUGAAAAACAUCCCUGCCUCUGACAAGCAGCCUAAAGAGGAGGGGGGGUUGUUUAGGUUUGUUUCGAAAUUUACGGAACAUUCAAAUGAAGCAAGUGAAGCUGUAAAGCCGUCUGAGCAGCAAAGAAAGGCACCAUCUGCACAUGAAAAACCUGAGCUUGUCGGACAACCAUCUGAACCUGGAAAGGGCAAGCAGAAAGCAGGGUUGGCUAGAGAGGAUGCAACCUUCAAGUCUUCAUCUCAGCCAAAACCUCAGCCUACAGCUCAGCAAACCAUUUUGAAAAAUACAAAGCCAAGGGAAACGUUGAAUCGUCAGGGCUCAAAUCCUGUAAGACCAGAUUCUCUUCCAGUCACUCCAACAUCGUCAUUCCCAAAGGAGGAGCCAAAGGGAGGACUGUUUUCCAAGUUUGUUUCAAGGCUAGUCGAGGAAGCCCCUCGUGGAGAAACAAAUGCAACACAAAAGGCAUCCACUAAUAUACAGAAGGACACGAAUCUGCCUCCAGCUAUGAAAGAAUCAAAGAUAGACACGCGACAAGCAGUGGAAGAGAGUGAGCUGUCUCUGGCAGAGCAGCACAGAAGAGCCAGAGCAGCUGCAAAAACCGAAGUGCGUGCGAAUAACAGAACGGAACAAGAGGAGAAUCCCGAGAAAGCGGUGGAGGUCGAAAAGUUGCCAGGGCCGCAAAUGAUAGGACAAAAUACUACAUAUGAAAGCGAAGGUGGUCUGUUCUCUAAACUUGGUUUGAGGCAUCCUACUGAGCCACCUGGAAAACAGAAAAUAAUUCGCCAGGUCUCAAAAAGUGAAUCUGAGGCAGGACCAAAAACGGGAACGGGAAACGAAUCACGAGCGGAUUCACAACAAAACCCAACAAAGAAGGUGACAGUGGCGUCAGUUACUGCACCAAAGCAACAGAAGAUGCCCGAGGAAGGGCGAUUUGCUAAGCUCAUGACAAAUAUGUUAGCCCAGCCUACCCAGAAUGCUGACAAUUCAAAGAAACCCCCCCAAGAAAAAACACAAGAGAGAUUAAACAGUAAAGCUGAUACGAAGAAAGGCUUGAAAGAGGAGAUCAAAACAACGCCGAUCGUUAGUUCCUCGGGCCAGGCUAAGAAAAAUGAGCGAAAGGUCCUCCCAAAGGAUAAGCCAACGAAUGACACACUAGCGGAGAAGAAAGUCUCAAAACCUGAAGAUACAGUGGAGAAAAAAUCCGAAGAAGGACGUUUCUCCAGGUUUAUCUCCAGUAUGCUAUCAGAGCCAGAUCCAGCUCAUCCAGGGAAAGACAAAGAGCAAGACAAGAAAGAUGACAGUACUCAGGUUUUGCCAGCUAGAAUGGUCGUACAAGAUGAGAAGAAAGAGGCUAAAAAGACCGCAGAAAAUACAUGGAAGAAAAAUGUAUCCAAUCCUAAGACAAUCCCUGAGGGAGAACAUAAACCAGAAGAACAGACAAAACCGGAAGAUGGGGCAUUCUCAAGGUUCCUCUCAGGUAUGCUUGUUGAACCUGCUAAAGGCAGUGGUUAUGAUAAAAAGUCUAGUGUACAACAGAUUAAUGCUAAGAAAUCGAUGCCUAGAGAUGACAGGGUAGAGAAGCCUGCACUAAAAACGAGUGUGCAAGAAAGCAAAGAGCCAAGUGGUGUGAGUAAGCCAGAAGUGUCAACGGUUCCACCACAUCCAAAGACCCAAAGUACCCGAUUGGCGAGUACACAACAAAGCAAGGAACGAGAAAACUCAGGCAAGGCAGCAAUAUCGACAACACAGGCCAUGCCUAAAGAUUCUCAGACUUCAAAUACAAGAGGCAAGAAUGAGCGAGAAGUCACGAGAGUGCCAGUAGCAACGAGGCCUGAGCAAGGCGUUAAGACACCGAAUGACCCUAAAGGCAACAAUGAGGUGAAGAAAGAGAAACAAUCCGAGGGCCGCUUUUCCAUGUUCUUAUCGAGUAUGCUUGCCGAAACGCCAAAAGAUGAAAAUUCUGGAAUCCAAACAUCGAAACCGAGGGAGGUAAAGACAACGUCUAAGACGUCAGUACUAGAAGAGCGAGAUCCCGUAGACAACUCUAAACGGGAGACACCGAAUAUUACUCGACAGGAUGCCAAACCUAAGAACCAACAAAGAGAAGAGAGCAAACCCGAGACGGGACGUUUCUCAAAGUUUUUAUCAAGUAUGCUUGCAGAGCCUGUAGCAGAGGAACCGAAAAAAGAAGAACAAUCGAAACUGUCAAUCCGUAGUCAGUCGCAAACUGAUGGAAAAGUAGAAGAAGCAAGUAAAGCUGAUGACCAUCAAGAGAAGGUUAAAAAGAUGGCCGAGCACAAGGAUGCAAAGGUUUAUCAUCCUGCUAAAGCAAAGCCGUCAAUACCAAGUGACGACAAGAAGGCGCAAACCGAUACCAUGCAAGAGGAAGGCCUGUUUUCGAAACUUGUGUUCAGAAUGACCGAUUCUCAAUCCAAUGAGAAACCCAAGACACGAGAACACAAUAUUGUGAGUAGGUCAAGAGAAGAAGAUCAUAGAAACUUGAGCAUUGAGAAAUCAGCAACCUUAUCAAAAACGCCUAGUCUUUCAGAAAAGGCUACUGACAUGAAAGUAAAAGAAAAACCACAGUCCAAACAAGCAUCAGAAGGAAAGUUAUCUAAGUUCGUUUUCGGCCUGAUAUCUGAUAGUCAACAAGAGCCAGAGAAAACCAAAGUUGCCGAAGGUGCGGUACCAAAGAAAAGCAAACUGCAGCCAAGUCAGCAGAAACUUCCAGAUAACAGCAAAUGUGAGUACAAGGCUACACCGAAAGAAAAGCAAUACAGCAGUCAAGAUGACAUACAGAUUGGAAAGCCUAAAGGGCUCUCAAAGUUUGCCUCGCCAGACGUUACAGAAACUCCAGCUUCAAGUGAAUUACUCGUGAACGAAAGGUUAACCAGUCAGGUUACUUCAAGAAGAACUUAUAAAAUCUCUCAACCGAAAGCUUCAGGUGACAAUUAUUUAUCACAUCUGGUUUCUAAAAUUGGCAAAGAGCCUGUGAAAGAUUUGAGAUCAAAUGAGAACACUGUUUUCAAGCAAGAAACUACAUCUUCUUCGAGCAGGAAGGAUACUGAGCAUCCUGUAGAACCAAACCGCGCCCCUCAAGCAGAAGAAGACGAGGAAGUUGGAUUAUUCUCAAAGCUUAUUUUCCAAUCAAAAGUUGAGCAGUCCAGCCCUGAACAAGCCGCCAGUAGAUUCCAGAGCUCCAAAAACAAAGACUAUUCACGUCAACAAAGCCGUAAAGAUGAAACGUUUGGCACUUCCGAGAAACCAGAUAUCUCUCAUGUUGUCAUGAGCGGAGCAUUCGGGCGUCAUGGAGUCUUUGUGCCAAAAGAUAAUCGAGCUGACCAAAAGACUAGAAAGCCUAGAAGUCAAUCGCAAAGCGAAGCAGAAAGCGUACUGUCCCGCAUAGUUUCCAAAGUGAAAGAAAACCUUGAACAAGGAUCAAUUCAAAAGAAGUCUCCUGCAUGGCAAAAAGUGAGAACUGCAAUUGAUAAGGGUAACUUCCGAAACAGCGCCGAAAGAGAAGCUGAAUAUCAUGAUCAGCAAUUUCCGAAGAAGUCUUAUAAAGCUGAAUGCCGUGCAAGAACUGUUGGCUGGAAAAAAGUAAGACGUGCUAUCGACCAAGGCAAAUUCCAAGAAUUCAUAAGAUCUGAGCAAAAUCGAGCAAUCAAAAUUGCAGAGUUCAUGGCAAGAAGAAGACAACCUAGCAGUACAUGCGUGGCUAGAUCUAUUGGAUGGAGAAAAGUACGAUGUGCCAUCGAUCAAGGAAAGUUCCGAAAAUACAUAAGAUCAGAGCAAACUCGAGCGAUCAAAAUUGCACAGUUUAUGGCAAGAAGAAGCCAUCGUCGACCAGUUUGCCAAGCACGGUCUGUUGGUUGGAAAAAAGUACGACGCGCUAUUGAUCAAGGGAAAUUUCGAGAAUACAUAAGAUGGGAACAGAUAAGACAAAGAAGAAUUGCAGAGUUCAUAGCAAAAAGAAGCUGUCGUCCACCCAUUUGCAAUGCGCGUUCUGUUGGAUGGAGAAAAGUACGACAUGCUAUUGAUCAAGGGAAAUUUCGAGAAUACAUAAGAUCGGAGGAGACUCGAAUGAUCAAAAUUGCAGAGUUUAUGGCAAGAAGAUGCCAUCGUCGACCAGUUUGCAAUGCACGUUCUGUCGGCUGGAGAAAAGUACGGCGUGCUAUUGACCAAGGGAAAUUCCGAGAAUACAUGCGUUCGGAACAGAUAAGACAAAGAAGAAUUGCAGAGUUCAUGUUUAGAAGAAGCCAUCGUAGAACUGUGUGCCGUGCAAGAUCUAUUGGAUGGAUAAAAGUACGGCGUGCCAUCAGCCAAGGCAAAUUCAGAGAAUACAUAAAAUCUGAACAAACUCAAGCGAUCAAAAUGGCAAAGUUCGUGGCAAGAAGAAGCAAUCGUCGACCAGUUUGCAAAGCGCGUUCUGUCGGGUGGAGAAAAGUACGACGUGCUAUUGACCAAGGCAAUUUCCGAGAAUACAUGAGAUCGGAACAUAUAAGACAAAGAAGAAUUGCAGAGUUCAUGUCAAAAAGAAGCCAACCUAGCAGUAAAUGCCUGGCUAGAUCUGUUGGAUGGAGAAAAGUACGACGUGCUAUUGAUCAUGGCAAAUUCCGAGAAUACAAAAGAUUGGAACAGAUAAGACAAAGAAGAAUUGCAGAGUUCACGUUUAAAAGAAGCCAUCGUAGACUUGUGUGCGGUGCACGAUCUGUUGGGUGGAUAAAAUUGCGUCGUGCCAUCAACCAAGGCAAAUUCAGAGAAUACAUAAGAUCGGAGGAAAUUCGAAUAAUCAAAAUGGCAGAGUUCAUGGCAAGGGGAAGCCAUCGUCGGCCAGUUUGCAAUGCACGUUCUGUCGGCUGGAGAAAAGUACGGCGUGCUAUUGACCAAGGGAAAUUCCGGGAAUACAUGAGAUCGGAACAGAUAAGACAAAGAAGAAUCGCAGAGUUCAUAGCAAAAAGAAGCUGUCGUCCACCCAUUUGCAAUGCGCGUUCUGUUGGAUGGAGAAAAGUACGACAUGCUAUUGAUCAAGGGAAAUUUCGAGAAUACAUAAGAUCGGAGGAGACUCGAAUGAUCAAAAUUGCAGAGUUUAUGGCAAGAAGAUGCCAUCGUCGACCAGUUUGCAAUGCACGUUCUGUCGGCUGGAGAAAAGUACGGUGUGCUAUUGACCAAGGGAAAUUCCGAGAAUACAUGCGUUCGGAACAGAUAAGACAAAGAAGAAUUGCAGAGUUCAUGUCAAAAAGAAGCCAACCUAGCAGUAAAUGCCUGGCUAGAUCUGUUGGAUGGAGAAAAGUACGACGUGCUAUUGAUCAGGGCAAAUUCCGAGAAUACAUAAGAUCGGAACAGAUAAGACAAAGAAGAAUUGCAGAGUUCACGUUUAAAAGAAGCCAUCGUAGACUUGUGUGCGGUGCACGAUCUGUUGGGUGGAUAAAAGUGCGUCGUGCCAUCAACCAAGGCAAAUUCAGAAAAUACAUAAGAUCGGAGGAAAUUCGAAUGAUCAAAAUGGCAGAGUUCAUGGCAAGGAGAAGCCAUCGUCGACCAGUUUGCAAUGCACGUUCUGUCGGCUGGAAAAAAGUACGUCGUGCUAUUGACCAAGGGAAAUUCAGGGAAUACAUGAGAUCGGAACAGAUAAGACAAAGAAGAAUCGCAGAGUUCGUGUUUAGAAGAAGCCAUCGUAGAACUGUGUGCCGUGCACGAUCUAUUGGAUGGAUAAAAGUGCGUCGUGCCAUCAACCAAGGCAAAUUCAGAGAAUACAUAAGAUCGGAGGAAAUUCGAAUGAUCAAAAUUGCAGAGUUUAUGGCAAGAAGAAGCCAUCGUCGACCAGUUUGCAAUGCACGUUCUGUCGGCUGGAGAAAAGUACGGCGUGCUAUUGACCAAGGGAAAUUCCGAGAAUACAUGCGUUCGGAACAGAUAAGACAAAGAAGAAUUGCAGAGUUUAUGUUUAGAGGAAUCCAUCGUAGAACUGUGUGCCGUGCAAGAUCUAUAGGGUGGAUAAAAGUACGGCGUGCCAUCAGCCAAGGCAAGUUCAGAAAAUACAUAAGAUCGGAGGAAAUUCGAAUGAUCAAAAUGGCAGAGUUCAUGGCAAGGAGAAGCCAUCGUCGACCAGUUUGCAAUGCACGUUCUGUCGGCUGGAAAAAAGUACGUCGUGCUAUUGACCAAGGGAAAUUCAGGGAAUACAUGAGAUCGGAACAGAUAAGACAGAGAAGAAUCGCAGAGUUCGUGUUUAGAAGAAGCCAUCGUAGAACUGUGUGCCGUGCACGAUCUAUUAGAUGGAUAAAAGUGCGUCGUGCCAUCAACCAAGGCAAAUUCAGAGAAUACAUAAGAUCGGAGGAAAUUCGAAUGAUCAAAAUUGCAGAGUUUAUGGCAAGAAGAAGCCAUCGUCGACCAGUUUGCAAUGCACGUUCUGUCGGCUGGAGAAAAGUACGGCGUGCUAUUGACCAAGGGAAAUUCCGAGAAUACAUGCGUUCGGAACAGAUGAGACAAAGAAGAAUUGCAGAGUUUAUGUUUAGAGGAAUCCAUCGUAGAACUGUGUGCCGUGCAAGAUCUAUAGGGUGGAUAAAAGUACGGCGUGCCAUCAGCCAAGGCAAGUUCAGAGAAUACAUAAGAUCGGAGGAAAUUCGAAUGAUCAAAAUGGCAGAGUUCAUGGCAAGGAGAAGCCAUCGUCGACCAGUUUGCAAUGCACGUUCUGUCGGCUGGAAAAAAAUACGUCGUGCUAUUGACUAUGGAAAAUUCCGAGAAUACAUGAGAUCGGAACAGAUAAGACAAAGAAGAAUUGCAGAGUUCAUGUUUAGAAGAAGCCAUCGUAGAACUGUGUGCCGUGCAAGAUCUAUUGGGUGGAUAAAAGUACGGCGUGCCAUCAGCCAAGGCAAAUUCAGAGAAUACAUAAGAUGGGAGGAAAUUCGAAUGAUCAAAAUUGCAGAGUUUAUGGCAAGAAGAAGCCAUCGUCGACAAUUUUGCAAUGCACGUUCUGUCGGCUGGAUAAAAGUACGGCGUGCUAUUGACCAUGGAAAAUUCCGAGAAUACAUGAGAUCGGAACAGAUAAGACAAAGAAGAAUUGCAGAGUUCAUGUUUAGAAGAAGCCAUCGUAGAACUGGGUGCCGUGCAAGAUCUAUUGGGUGGAUAAAAGUACGGCGUGCCAUCAGCCAAGGCAAGUUCAGAGAAUACAUAAGAUGGGAAGAAAUUCGAAUGAUUAAAAUUGCAGAGUUUAUGGCAAGAAGAAGCCAUCGUCGACCAGUUUGCAAUGCACGUUCUGUCGGCUGGAGAAAAGUACGGCGUGCUAUUGACCAAGGGAAAUUCCGAGAAUACAUGCGUUCGGAACAGAUAAGACAAAGAAGAAUUGCAGAGUUCAUGUUUAGAAGAAGCCAUCGUAGAACUGUGUGCCGUGCAAGAGCCAUUGGGUGGAUAAAAGUGCGUCGUGCCAUCAACCAAGGCAAAUUCAGAGAAUACAUAAAAUCUAAACAAACUCGAGCAAUAAAAAUUGCAGAGUUCAUGGCGAAAGGAAGCCAUCGUAGAACUGUGUGCCGUGCAAGAUCUAUCGGGUGGAUAAAAGUACGGCGUGCCAUCAUCCAAGGCAAAUUCCGAGAAUACAUACAAUCUGAACAAACUCGAGCGAUCAAAAUUGCAAAGUUCACGGCAAAAGGAAGCCAUCGUCGUCCUGUUUGCAAAGCGGUUUCUGUUGGCUGGAGAAACGUGCGCCGUGCUAUUGAUCAAGGGAAAUUUCGGGAGUACAUUCCAUUGGAGCAAAUUCAAUCAAAGAAGAUUGCGGAGUUCAUGACAAGAAGAAGCCAACGUAGCAUCGCAUGCCGUGCUAGAUCUGUUGGAUGGAGAAAAGUAAGACGUGCGAUCGAUCAAGGCAAAUUCCGAGAAUACAUAAGAUCGGAGGAAAUUCGAAUGAUCAAAAUUGCAGAGUUCAUCGCAAGAAGAAUCCAUCUUAGACCUGUUUCUAAAGCGCGUUCAGUUGGGUGGAGAAAAGUGCGGCGUGCUAUUGACCAAGGCAAAUUCCGAGAAUACAUCAGAUCAGAGCAAAUAAGUGCACUGAGGACUGCAGAAUGUAUGGCAAGAAUAGGCAAUCGUCGACCUGUUUCCCAAGCACGUUCUGUUGGGUGGAGAAAAGUACGACGUGCCAUCAACCAUGGCAAAUUCCGAGAGUACUCGAGGGCAGUAAAAGCUGCAAAUCUCAUGAGGAAUGGAAAGGAUUGGAAUACAGUUUGUAGAUCACGGUCUGCUGGUUGGAGAAAAGUGCACCGAGCUAUUGUCAAAGGGAUGUUCAGGGAGUACAAUAGAAAAGAGAAGCUACGAACGGCAAAAAUCUCUGAGUUUAUAGCAAAGAAAAGCUACAAAGUGCGAUCGGUCGGAUGGAAGAAGGUCCGUCGAGCUAUUGAUGAGGGGAAGUUCAAGAAGUAUUCCAGGAGCCAAGACUCGGCAGUUAAAGCAGCAGAAGCAGGAGAAGAAGCAGAAAAUGGUAUGUUCUCACGUUUCUUGUCCAAAGUUAACGAAGCUCGAGAUGCACAACAGUCAUCAGGUUCCCAUGUCUCAAAAUCGAAAAAAGCGGAGGAACCUUCUUUGUCUUCAAUGUUUGGACGUUUCAAGACUUCGUUCUUUAAUAGUUCCCCAGAUGAGAAACAAAAGACAGUGGCAAAGCCUGUGGCAAAACAAGAACGUAACAAGAACUCUCCAAGAGGAGAAAGAAAGAAGAAGAAACCUAUCAAAACGCAAACAACAUAUAAGACCUACGGUAGUUUUGGAACGUUUGAGAUUCGACAGGACGCCAUAGACGAGCUUGUAUCAACGACUGAAAAACUUGUAGACAAUAUUGACGAUAUGAACGCCAAAAAGACACGGCAUCAAAAGCAUCCGAAAGUCGGAUCUGGGAAACGGACCACAUUAAGGGCCUAUGUUGAGGAAAAUUCCACCCCCAGAAGACUAGAUAGAAGAUUGCCCGGUAAAGCGCGCUUUAUUUGGGCUGUUAAAAAAGUCAUCAUUGCCAGACGAAUAACGGACCAGAGAGAGCCAAGACAAAUAAGCUUUGCCCAACAACAGCGAGGAAAAGCGAGGUUUGUUUUGGCUGUCAAGGCUGUGAUGAGACUAAACAGAGCGAAGGUACUCACGGAAAAAUGGCAGGGACGUGGGAAAGAUCGAUUUACCAGGGCCGUUAAAACAGUAAUACGGCUGAAUAGGGCAAACAAACUUUGUCAGAAAAAGCAACGUGGGAAAGAACGAUUUAUCAGGGCUGUGAAGACAGUGAUACGGCUAAAUAGAGUGAACAUGCUUGGCCAGAAAAAGCAACAUGGAAAGGAACGAUUUAUCAUGGCCGUUAAAACAGUCAUACGGCUUAAUAGAGCAAAAAAACUUUGUCAGAAAAAGCAACGCGGAAAAGAACGAUUCAUCAAGGCGGUAAGGACAGUAAUACGGCUGAAUAGGGCGAAGAGGCUUUAUCAGAAAAAGCAGCACGGGAAAGAAAGAUUUGUCAAGGCGGUGAGGACAGUAAUACGACUGAACAGAGGAAGACAAAGGAUCCAAAAUAUACGCGGCAAAGCAAGGUUCAUCAAAGCUGUGCGAACUGUAAUCAGAAUCAACCGUGCAACAGAGCAAAAACUCAAGCAGCAGAAGAUCCUCAAUCAGCCUGGAAAGCGUCGAUUCAUUCGUGCAGUGAAAUCGGUCAUACAGUCAAACCGUGUUACAAGUAGAACUGACAAACGAGGGACCCAGCAGCGGAGAUUACAACGGGGCUUAGACAAAAAGCCUACAGUUAGGUGGUUAGACAAGUCCUCAAAAGGUGUGCCUCGAUGGAUGUUUGAGUCGCCUUUGGAAGGUUUAAGCGAGGAAGUUCUUAUUGCAAUAGCAAAAGAGGACGCCAAGAAGGCCCAGACAAUGAUAGAAAGGAGGGGACCUUAUCAGAAAGCCUUCGAGGCAAAACAGAAACGACUUCAACAGCGUGGCACAAUGAUGCCUCCUAAAACCACAAAGGACCCCCCUCGAUGGGUGACAGAAUCACCUCUUGAAGGACUUAGCGAGGAAGCGCUAUUCGCAGUAGUAGAGGAGGAUACGAAAAAAGCGUUUGCUAUUGUCGACCGAAAAGGUCCCUACCAGAGAGCUUUUGAGGCUAAGGAAGAGGAGCGCAAGCGGAUCGCCGAGAAGAGGAAACAAGUUCUGCAACAACUUAUUGCUGAGGAGAAGGCUGUCCAGGAGUCUCCGCCUGACGUCUGGUCUGUGCGAAUGGCGCGAAUACGUCAGAAGAUAAAGGAAACAGAGAUACAAGCGCCUGCUUCACAGAGAGGGAAAUUAGCGAAGCAGCCAAGCGUUAGUCUGGGUGAGAUAGGCACUGGCAAAGCAACGUUUCAAUUGGCUGCAAAAGCUGUCAUUAGUAGUGAGCAAGCUACGAAAAGGCAGCAAAUACAACCGAGAAAGGUAGCAGAAGUAGUACAGGUGGUGAGGUCGGAGGUAAAACCAUCUGAGACACAUGUGCCUGAAAUAGAACAACAAGCCCCAAGACAGAAGACAUCUACUCUCUCGGCAAGUGUGGUAACUCAAGUGCCUCCAGGGAGUAUGAAACCUAAGGCAAAUGACGAAGAAAAAAGUCAGAAACAGUUAAGAGCUAAAGAAUUGCCUGACACAGAGCGAAGCGACAAGGAAGAGCACUCUACAGCAGCGCAUUCAAGGCAAGCCCCGGCGCUUCCAGCACGCCAGGAUUCCGAACCUGAUAUUUGGUCAGCCAGGAUGAACCGCAUUGGUCAACUCUCAAAAGUCUCUGGGAACAAGCAGAGAGCUAAGUCAUCAAGCUCUGCAAAAGGAAUAGAUGAACGUAGAACUAAAGAGGUUAGAGGAGCUGAGAAAGCAACGAACUCAAAUACUGUCGACUCAGCAAAAAGUGGAGGCCGAGAGGUUGGCAUGGAUGGUAAAGGACGAAAAACAGAGAACAUGAAAUCGGGGCCAAAGGAAGAGAAGCACUCAAAACCCGAAAAAAAGAUAGAAUCAAGUCCAGCUGUUGCAGAUAAACGUGAAUCUCGGAAGGAACAGGAACAAGACAUCACGGCAAAUGAGCCAAGAACAGUUAGUCAAAGUUCACUGGAACAGACUAAGACAUCUACCCUGCCUUCGAAUACUGCAAAAAGGGGGUCGACAGAAGAAACGAAAGAUCGAGGGGCAGAGAGAAGUGCGGCUGGUACAUCGCCACACAGUAAGGAGGAGACGUCUGAAACUGUUGCUUCUUUCAUCAAAUGGGGAAAGUCGUGGUUUUCUUGAUAUUAUGGGACCAGACUUUCAAGCGAUUUUUUGACUGAAAUAUUUCUGAGAGGACAGGAUAAAAACACUUUUUGGAUAAGCUGCUUAGUCCAUCUGAUCUGGACUAUAACAUUUAACCCAAGAUCGGGAGUGAACACAAGCCAUAUGGACACAAGCUAAGUGAACACAAGCUGAGUGAAUACAAGAUGAAUGAACACAAGCUAAGUGAACACAAGCUGAAUAAACACAGACUAAGUGAACACAAGCUGAAUGAACACAAAAUAAGUAAAUACAAGCUAAGUGAACGCAAGCUUAAUGAACGAAAUGGAACUGGCUUCAAAGGUCUUGGGUGGGAUAACUACAUAUUAGCCCUUCUCGUGCUCACUCUUUAUUGUACUUGUUAUGAAUGUGCUAGCCAGUGAUAUCAUUUAAGAAGGAGCUUUUUACUUGCAUAUAACAUAAAUGGCACACUUAAGGGGUAAAAAAGUUGGUAAGAUGUAUUAGUAUUUUAUUAUCUUGCUUGUAGUUAUUAUUGGCAAGCAUUUUGUGUAUAUCGCAGUAACUAUACCCGGUUCAAAAUUGAGGAGCACUUAAUACUGGCUUCAACGAGGGGUUUGUAUAUAUGCAUCAAUAUAAACCUAAUAUUUCUCUAAUACCUAUAACUUUGGCAGAUAGAGUCUCAAGUAUAAGUAACUGAGGCAAAGUUAGAGACAUGCAAGUUAUUCAAAAUCUAAAUAAGAUUAAGAAAAUUAUUAUUAUCAUAGUGCUAUGGCUUCUUGCUUGUUCUUGUAUUGACUCCAACGAUAACAGACAAGAAGCCAUUGGAUGGAUUUAUUCACCAGACUGACUUGUAACUUUGUAAAAUAAAAACAGAUUAAGCCGA